UUUCAACGGUUUACCACAGGCCACCAUGGCAUCAGAUGAAGGCAAGCUUUUCGUUGGAGGGCUGAGUUUUGACACCAAUGAGCAGUCGCUGGAGCAGGUCUUCUCAAAAUAUGGACAGAUUUCUGAAGUGGUGGUCGUGAAAGACAGGGAGACCCAGCGGUCGCGGGGCUUUGGGUUUGUCACCUUUGAGAACAUUGACGACGCCAAGGACGCUAUGAUGGCCAUGAAUGGGAAGUCUGUAGAUGGGCGACAGAUUCGAGUUGACCAGGCUGGCAAGUCAUCUGACAACCGAUCCCGUGGGUACCGAGGUGGCUCUGCUGGGGGCCGAGGAGGCUUCUUCCGUGGGGGCCGAGGCCGGGGACGUGGGUUCUCUAGAGGAGGAGGGGACCGAGGCUAUGGGGGGAGCCGGUUUGAGUCCAGGAGUGGGGGCUACGGGGGCUCCAGAGACUACAGCAGCCGGAGUCAGGGCGGUGGCUAUGGUGACCGGAGCUCAGGAGGGUCCUAUAGAGACAGCUACGACAGUUAUGCUACACACAACGAGUAAAAAUCCUUCCUGCUCAAGAUCGUCCUUCCAAUGGCUGUAUAUUUAAAGAUUUUGGGAGCUUCGCUGAAUCGUUAAUGUGUAGUGAACACACCUCCUUGUACCUACUUUUGUAGUCUUACCAGUUCUAAUCUUGUCAAACACAGCCUGACUGCUUCUCACCCCCUAGAUGGCUUAUUAGACUUUACUUUUUAAGGAAGUGCUGUCAGUUUUUAAGGGUUUUAAAAAUGUUUUUGAAAAGCACUUCUGAUUUAAAUAUUUUUUUUUUUAACCAUGAGCCUUGAGUUUUUGAGAAAAUCAUUGGGGGUUGUGUGGGUUUUUUGGUUUUGGUUGUGUUGUCUUUUUUUACAUAUAUUUUUUUAGUGGGGUUGGGUGAAGUUGGGCUCCCCCACCUUCGCCUGAUUCAAGUCUCUGAGAUUGGGCAGACUCUGAGUCCACUUUUUGUUGGAAGCUGAGCAGGCUGUAGCUUUUUUUGAAUUCCAUGUACUGUUCCUGAGUGUAGCAUGCUGGGACUGGCCCCAGGUGGCAGCAGAGGUGCCUGGUUGUCUGGGCCCAGCCUGUACAGCCCAUCUGCUGUGUAUAGCUCACAAUAGACUCAAAGAUGUCCCUGAGAGGUUCUUGAAAAUAUUUUAUUUAUAUUGUCCUUUUUUACUGGAAGACAUAUGCAUAUCCUAUUGAUGUUGUAUUUGAAGUGGUUAAGGAAUUCUUGUACACAGUUUCUUUGGCUUUACGAAGCUGAUUAAAAGACCGUCUGAAAUGAA